AUGCCUAAAAGAUCUUUGAAAAACGUUCUUAUAAACAAUCUAACUUCUCGAAGCCGCGACUCGUCUCAAGAACACUUUGAAGACAAUCGUCAUCAAACACAAACAGGUCAGGUUUCUCAAACUUCACACAGUGAAAACUCAUUUCAAGAAAGCCUUCAUGAAAAUAGUCAUGUUUCCGCUUGUCCCACACGUACUGCUAAAGUAAGAUGUUUGCAAAACUUGACUAACAUUAUACGGGCAGAAAGGUCAUAUGAUUUAGAUGUUUCACGAGAUCGUGCGUCACAACGUGUGGCCACUGAAAACGACGAGCAACGGGAACGACGUCUACAAGAUUUACGGCAGCGUGCGGCACAACGUGUUGCUACUGAAAAUGACGAGCAAUGGGAACGACGUCUACAAGAUUUGCGGCAGCGUGCGACAUAA